GGCGCCAUGGACCAGCCCCUGGGCCCGGCCCUCAGCGGACACGACAAGGCCAAGCUAAAGGAAAAACUAGACGUACUGAAAAGAGAGUACAGCCGGACACUGGCCAAAUUGCAACGUGCUCAAAAUGCUGAAAGGAUUAAGAGAUAUGUUAAGAAAACCAUCGCAGAGCAGAAUUUCUUGCUCAGUCAGGAGAGAAUGCAGUUGGACCCUUCAGAACCAAAAGAACCAAAGCCUCUUAGUGGCGAAUCAGACCUAGGUGCACCACAGACCGAGUCCAGUCUUGGGUCAGAAACCAAGAAAAAAAACAGCGUUUCAUUUAAACUCGAACCUCAACUCUUCAGAAAUGAAGGUGGUGUGCCGGAAGGGUCGACUCCAGGUGAUGACGAUGUCCUAAAGAGACUCUCGUGCAUCAGCGGACCUGAAGCUAAGAAUGAGCUUCCAGAAAAUAAACUGAAAUGGAAAAAGAGAGCCCUACUGUAUAAGGAGAGAGAAUCUUCCUGUCGUCCUAGAUCACAAAUAGAUGCUGGGGAAAGAUGGCAAGAACAAGGGUUUGCUCUAAACGAUCCUGAAUCCUCAGGAUUUCGGAGAAAUACUUUUUCAAACAAUGGAAGCGGGAUUCAGAACUCUCCCUCGCCGUCUCCAGAAAUGGGUGAAGGAAGUGUUUGUACCCCAAAAGCUAAAGAAUCGGAAAGAGAUGUCGGUGGAAUGCCAGAAGAGAAGGUCUCCCUCGGCGUGGUUGCGGCGCCGUUGUGGGCUCGGUUCCAAAGCAGUGACAAUCAACAGCUUGGAGAUCGGCCCCCUGAAGGUCUGUGUGAUGAGAAUGAAUCGAUUCCGGAGCGUUCAGUGGAGAUUACUUCUACUUCACUUUUAAAUUUGGGAGAUGCAGAGAGAGAAUUUUCCUCCUAUCCAACUUACCAAAAGGGAAAUGAGGAGGGGAGCCCAGCUGAACAGCAGCCUAAUACUUCCGACUUUCCAGGAGAUGACGUGAAUGGUAGUAGCGAUUUAUUAUCAAGUAAAAGCCCAACCCAGGAAGAACUGCAUCACAGCCGUAGGUGUUCAGGUCUUCCCACUGGCUCUCCGUCAGAUGGAGAGAAACUUCCGGAGCAGGAAGAGCCCCCAAGUUCAUGUUCCAGCUUGGAAGUGCCCGCUGCCGUGACAGUAAGCUCAUUAAAUUCAUGUACGGUGCUUGAGGGCCUUCUCUUUCCAGUGGAGUACUAUGUUCGGACGACACGAAGGAUGUCAAAUUGCCAGAGGAAGUUAGACCUAGAAGCUGUAAUUCAGAGCCAGUUGGGCAUAAGCAGGAGAGGACUUAAAUGUAAAGGUCAGCCUAUGAAUAAAAAUGUAGACCAGCCCGGUCAAGAAACAGAUAAAAGAGAUGCGCCAUUGUCCGACAGCCAGGAUGACCACGUGAGUUCUGAAAGCCCUUCCCAAAAAUCUCUCUCCCCGACCGGCGAGAGCAACCUUUCUGCUGAGCCUCCUAAGGGCAGCAGCCACGUCCUUGCAGACAAGAAGCAACCCUGUAGACAAAAUAAAGGGAAAAGAAAAUCUUGGAAGGCUGGAGUCCAUGCCCAAGCAGAAGGGAAGCCAGAGAGCUGUCCAGAGGCAAGCUCUCUCUGCUUCAGGAGCACUGGCUGCUUGGAUUUGGAUCCCACCGCCGCCGCCGCAGCUCACUUUCACCACGAUAUGCUCAAUCUAAAGAAGCUGUCUUCCUCCCUCACCGUUUCAGACUUCCACUUACCCGACAAAGAGUUCGGUUUCCUUAAGCUUGAGAAAUUAAAAUCCUCCACCAAACCAACUGAGCCUCUGAAACCGGGGACGGGGGCGAGACGGCAAGGUGGCGCGGGAGAGAGUGCCAUUUUGGAGGACCCGUCGCUUAAGCAAGUCACCGACCAAAAGGAAAAGGAUCUUAUUACUCAGUCCGAGGACUGCCAGCCUCCAGUUCCAAACUUAAGAGGCCAAGCGGAGGAAAAGGGACAGUCUUCAACCGUUUUACUUUUGACCCCUCCCGCAACGGUUCUCCCAGGGACAGACGGGCAACCUGAGGCCCAUAUAGGUACCCCUGUUUUCCCCAUUGUGGGUGCUACUCCAGGAUUUGCCUCCCCCACAAACUGUGAAAACAUCGCCCCAGAGAUAAGGGGACCAGAUACUUCUUACACAACCUCACCGCCUUACUUGACCACGCCAGUCCGUCCUUUGGAGAACAGAAGCCAGGGUUCCUCCAGUGCCUCGGGCAUGGGGAACCAACUCCAGGAUCAAGGACAAUCCAAGGGAAUCGUACUUGGUUCUGGAAAGCGGAACGACGGUGGCUCUGGCCCCAAAGAAGAAACAGCUCCUCCCAUUGACUCGAUCGUCUCCCAAGGGAGUCAGAUUCCAGGGACUUAUAUCCAGGGGUCAUGUCAGGACCCUUUCGAACAGGCGAAAAGAAUAGAACCUGUUUUUAAUACCUGUUGUGAAAGUGGGAAACGGUGCAGUCUUCAGUUGACUUCAAAGUUAAAGAAUCCUUCCAGUUCCUGCUCCGUGGAUGUGAGCACUGUAUGGUGGGAAGUAGCUGGCUGUAAAACGUUGUGCAUCCUAACUGCUUCUGAGGCUACAGUUUCACUUUGGAAACCUCAAGAUCCGCGGGAAUGGGAAAAAGUUUAUACUUGGCAGUUUACAGAGAUUCCAGUGAUUCAAAUUGUUCCUCUGCCAGAUGUUUGUAAUCUUGUGUGUGUGGCUUUGGGGAAUUUGGAAAUUAGAGAAAUCAAAGCACUGCUGUAUUCUGCUGAGGAGAAGUGUCUGCAGCAACUGCGAGUGAAAGCCGGGACCAUCAAAGCAGUAGCCGGCCUGCGGCACAGGAGAUUGGUCAGCAGUUGUGGGCCAUUGCACUGUCAACAAGUAGAGCUGGUGAUAGUUUCAGAAGCAGGCAGAAGGAAAGAAAAUCUGUCUUUGAUGCCCCCAGAAGAAACCAUUCUAGCCUUUGCUGAGGUCCAGGGGAUGCAACAGGCUUUGGUUGGCACCACAGUAAUGAACAACUUGGUUGUUUGGAACUUAAAAACUGGCCAGCUUCUGAAGAAGAUGUCCAUCGGUAAUUCUUACCCAGCUUCCAUCUGCCAUAAGGCCUACUCUGACAUGGGGCUUCUGUUUGUUGUUUUAAGUCAUCCGCAUGCCCAAGAAAAUGAGUCGUCAGGAAAUCCUGUGUUUCAGAUGAUUGCGAUUAAUCCCAGGACAGCCCUGAGCAUCGGUGUGAUGCCCUACUGUCUACCCCAUGGACAGGCUGGAAGGAUCCUAGAAGGCGAAGUGAAGGGUAAUUGUGCAGCAGCUGUGCUGAACUCUGGGACGAUUGCUGUUUGGGACUUGUUUCUAGGACAUUGCACAGCCCUGCUGCCCCCGAAUGCCGACGGACAUUGGUCUCUUGUCAGAUGGUCAGAUAUGGAUUCCUCUCUGCUGGCUGGACAGGAGGAUGGAAGCGUGUUUGUAUACAAUUGCGUAGAAGCUCUGCCAAAAGGAAAACAAAUGAAUCCGUGAAGACUCGUGGAGAGGCUUUUGUACUUCUGGAAGCGUGACUAUAAAGGAAAAAGACAGUUGUUGGUACUGUAAAAUGCCCGGAGCGGGAGUGGAUUUCCUGUCUCUGAUCUCUCUCCCCACCCAGGAACCUGAGGUAGCUUCGGUUUUUGUAUUCCGACAGACUUGGUUAAGGGGAGGAGGAACUACUGACGGGGAAUGUUUCGUGAAUGCUGGGAUUUUUAAUAUAAAGAAUCGAUGUUUGGUAACCCCACCGCUCUACUUAUUUGCACACUUGUUUACAUGGUCCAUAUUCAGUUGACUCGAAUUCUCUGCCACUUUUAUGACAAUGUCCCUGGUUUGUAUCUUAAUUGUUUUCUGUUUAAUAAGACGUUUGAUUAAAAUCUAUUUCGGAAGCUCUA